AUGAGUGACCUCCAAGAAAAAAAUACUAAAGCGACUCUGUAUAGACAGUCUUCUUCUUCAUCCUCAACGGAUCUUGAUGAUGGGCCGGCGCCGCUGAGAAAGAUGAUCGCGGUUACUUCUAUCGCCGCCGGUAUACAGUUCGGUUGGGCUCUUCAGUUGUCUCUCCUAACUCCGUACGUGCAACUUCUUGGUGUUCCACAUAAAUGGUCAUCUCUUAUUUGGCUAUGUGGUCCUGUGUCCGGCCUGCUUGUUCAGCCAACCGUCGGUUAUUUCAGUGACCGUUGUCAGUCGAGAUUCGGUCGUCGUCGUCCUUUCAUCGCCACCGGUGCUUUGCUUGUCGCCGUUGCUGUUUUCCUAAUCGGAUACGCGGCUGAUAUCGGACACAGAAUGGGAGACAAACUCGACGACCAUGUAAAGUCAAGUGCCGUCGGUAUCUUCGCUCUCGGUUUCUGGAUCCUUGACGUGGCUAACAACACUCUCCAAGGACCUUGUCGAGCUUUCCUCGGCGAUUUAGCAGCUGGAGACGCUAGGAAAACAGUCAGCGAGAGAGAGACUCGUGCUAUAUAUCAAAUCAACUAG